CAGAAGACGAGGAAAUUGUAGUUAUUUACUGUGAGGUGAUGUAACGAGAGUGAAGCAACUUCCUGAGCAGCGUUGGUGUGAGGGAGUUACACCGAGUUCAUCUUCCUCAUUCGAGGCUUUCUUCUCUGUGGGAUUCAUCAUCCAGCUGCAGCUGCAGGAACCUGAUGGAUGCUCCUGUUUAAGACUGAACGGUUUUAAAAUGAACCUUUGGUUUUUAAACCUCCAACUGCUCUGGACUCUGACGAGCGUCCUCCGUGUGUUUUCUGUUGAGACCCUGAACAUGACCUGUUUCUACCAGGAAAUUCCAAAGCGAGUCCGAUCUGUGACCUGCAGCUGGAGUCAGGAGGCCAGCGUUCAGCCUGACGCCUCGCUGAUCUUCAGCAGAGAGUCUAAAAUCCUAUUCUGUCGCGGCGUCUUUAACCCCGUCUCCAAACUCAACGUGUCGGUCAGGAUGAAGGACUACAGGACCGGGAGGGAGAUCUGGUCUCAACCUCAUCCUGUGUUUCUAUUUGAUGCAGUCAAACCCCUUCGGUCAAUUUUAACGGUUCUGGGGUCCACUGAGGACUCUCUGGUCGUGUCGUGGAACAGCAGCGUCGACGGCGGCUGUCGGCUCCGCUACAGACUCAACAAGGCUCCAACCUGGACCCAGAUAGCAGAUGUUGUUUCUGCACAUGCAGAUCAGAACGUGAACUACACCAUCAGAAACCUGCUGCCCUUUAAUGUGUACACAGCAGCUGUGGCCUGCAGAGGAGAGUCCGGCUUCUGGAGUGACUGGAGCUCCGGCAUGAGCGGGAGGACUCUGGACCGAGUCUCUGAGAAAUCUGUGGAUUUCAAGCUGUUAUCCAAAAUCCCAAAGUCUUCUGGUUCAGUGGGCGUCCUGUCCCUCCUCGUCCUCUGCUGUCAGCCAUGUUGUUGUUGAGUGGAGCUCAGAGACACGUCCGUCCACCAGAGGCUGGACCAGAGUCGACGGCUUCACUACCUCCUAUUUCAUCAUCCAGGAUGUUGACCCUGAGGAGUCCUACCUGAUCAGUGUGUUCCCGGUCCACCUCCAGCUUUGUGGACCUCCUCAGUCUCUGACAGCCAGUCUGCAGCAGGGAGCACUGAUGGAAGCCAUCAGCCUGAGAGUCGUCAGCGUGACCAAAACAACAGUGACCAUAAUGUGGGCGUGGCAACUGAAGUCUGAACCAAUCAGAGUGGAGAGCUACAGGGCAGUGCUGAGGAGAGACUCUCACAAACAGACUGUGUCUUUGUGGCCGGACCAACUACAGCACACCUUCUUCAACCUGACCCCCAACACGGAGUAUUCUGUCCUGCUGCAGGCCGAUAACGUUUCCAGAAGCAUUCUUACCGUCAGCACAUAUUUCGAUGAGGCUCCAGCUGUGGCAACGGCGACGCCUCUCCUGCUGCUGACCGUCACGGUGGUGAUCAUCUCCAUCCUGUCCAGGACUGUGUACAAGUCGUACUUCUUCCCUUACAUCUCCAGCCCUCGACUGAGCUCGACAGGUCAGUGGCUGAUGAACCCGAACCCAGAGGACUGCGCAGAGAAGAUGGUCCUGGACAUGAAAGACUUGGAGGUGACGGACGUCCUCAAAAACAAAAGUCUGGUCCUGGUCGGCCCAAACGACCGGUCUUCACCUGAGGAGCUGAAUGAGGACGUGUCCCCUCGGUCGAUCGGCGGCCUCGGGGUUCAGACGUUGACCUUCGGUCUGAGCGUGGCGAGCGUCAUCGACGCCGGGCCAAUCAGAGCGCAGCAGCUGCUCACCCUUCAGUCCUACGGUCACGUUGACACAGAUCUGGUCUGUGAGAUGGAUUAUCUGACCAACAUCAGGACCCAAACUGAAGAGACCAUCAGCUCCGAAACAAACUGAAGCCUCAGAGCUGAAAAAAUCAUCACAGCUUCUUCCUUUUUUAUAAAAUCACCCAAGUUCUUUCUAAAAUCAGAUUAUUGUUAGGAUUAGUUAAUCUCAGGUGGGAUCUGAGUAUGUUGGGAAUGACUCAACUUCUAACACAUCUAAAUCUGAGUUGUAGCUCUGUUUUUGUUUCCUAACAUCAACCAGCUGUGGCAGCCAUCUUGGAUUGGAUUGACUCCAAAAGCUAUAGAUUAGAUAACAUUUAUAACUCCAGCUAACAAACACCAAUGAAGGCAAAAACAACGCAGCUGAAGUUGAAUUUGUUAAAAAUAAAAAAUAAAAGUCAAAGUAAUCAUACCAUUUUUUAAA